UCAAUUGAAGAGAAUGAAGUUUAUCUGCCUAAUGAUGAGCUCUGGAUCUAUGAAAUAGAUAGUGGGUUAUGGACGAUGCACCUCAUGGAAGGAGAGUUACCCACCUCCAUGUCAGGAAGCUGUGGGGCAAGCAUUAAUGGGAAGCUGUACAUUUUUGGUGGAUUUGAUGAUAAAGGAUAUAGCAAUCGGCUGUAUUAUGUUAAUUUGCGAACAAAAAAUGGAACCUAUAGGUGGAAAAAAAUUACAAAUUUUAAAGGUCAACCUCCUACACCACGUGACAAGCUUUCCUGCUGGGUGUAUAAGGACAGGCUAAUAUAUUUUGGUGGCUAUGGCUGUAGGAAGCAUAAUGAACUGAGCGAUUGUUUUGAUGUCCAUGAUGCAUUUUGGGAAGGACAGAUAUUCUGGGGAUGGCAUAAUGAUGUUCAUGUUUUCGAUACAACCACACAAACUUGGUCUCAGCCAGCAAUUAGAGGUGGAGAUCCGCCUCAGCCUCGAGCAGCUCAUACGUGUGCUGUGCUGGGAAAUAAAGGUUACAUCUUUGGAGGACGAGUGCUGCAAACUAGAAUGAAUGAUUUGCACUGCCUGAAUUUAGACACUUGGACUUGGUCUGGAAGAAUUAAUAUCAGUGGAGAGAAACCAAAAGAUCGAUCCUGGCACACGUUGACUCCGAUAGGAGAUGACAGACUAUUUCUUUUUGGUGGAUUAAGCUCUGAUAACGUUCCUUUAAGUGAUGGCUGGAUUCACAGCAUUACAACCAAUGGAUGGAAACAACUUACCCAUUUGCCUAAGAGUAGGCCUAGAUUGUGGCAUACAGCCUGCCUUGGAAAAGAAGGAGAAGUGAUGGUGUUUGGUGGAAGCAAAGAUGACUUGCAUUUCAUGGACACAGGUCACUGCAGCGACUUGUUGAUAUUUCAGACUCAACCUUAUUCGCUUCUCAGGCUGUGUCUUGACUGCAUUGGUAAGAACGCAGCUCUCCUAAAGAACCAAAUACCAUGUUUGCCAUCGAAACUUCUGCAGCAAGUGCUGAAAAAAAUAACCUUCUGGGCUGCAGCUAACCACCGGCAAGAGAAAAAAGCUGAAACCGAACGACAGUGCCAACUAAAUACCACAUGAACAACGGCAACGAGACUGAGGAACACUUGGGUUUAUUUACGGCGUACAGCAAAGUCUUUCAUUGGUGAACUUUACUAAUGCCACAGAACAACUGUAUGUUAAGCUGAGUUUCUAAGUGACGUUUGAGAGCCAAGAAAUCCUUUCUAUGGAAGUCUCUCUUUGUUUUCUGCGGUUUAGAAAACCGGUAAAACUUCAUUUGUAUAUAUUGUUAACUUCUGCUGUUGUGGUCUUAAUGAGACAGUCCAUACAACUUGUUCUUUUCAAAGGUGAC